AUGUUUGAUAUCGCUUUUCGUCUUGCAACUUUUGUUACUCCAAUGAAGGUGAAGCUGCUGUUCGAGUCUGCUGGGACUGCCGCUAGUGCCAAGGAGUACUACAUGCGAAGUAUUGGGAAGGAGCUUCCUCCCACGCUGAGCUUCGGAACAUUCAGCUCUGCUCGUGUCAUCAGGGACCGAGUGAAUCAGCAAGGCGACGACAUGACACCGGAGGUCAGGGCAGACGAUCUUUGCGAUAUCUACAUGGUACUUGUGGUAGAAGUUUCCAUCCAUCUCACCAUCAGCGACAAGGUGGUGCGACCCAAGGACAACCGGGGAGAUUCUGUGAUAUUGGCGGUGGAGCAGGCUGUCCAGAAACUGCCGGGGGCAACUUGGGUCCUGCGGAGCCAGUUGAAUCCGAUUCUAGAAGACACAGUCGGUGGAUACACCUUCGGUAGUUGUCGCUUUCGACAACCAAGAGUUGUGAUGGGAGUAUGUGCAAUGCAGGCAUUCGAGAAACUGACCGUCGGCGUUCUUUCCUUUCACAAUUCGAAAUCGUUUAUCUCUACAGGCAACAUCUUUCUCCAUUCUUGGGCUGCAUUAACUUGA